AUGGAGGGCGCCAAAGACCGUCUCAAGCAGCUUGCAUCCCACUUCACGUCCGCAAACCCCGUGCCCGGCCCUGCGCCCAUCCACCCCGGCGAUAGCCACGAAUACCAUCACCGACACAAUUUCCACACCCUAAGCCCGACAUGGUUCCUUUGGCGCGCGGCGCAGAUAGAACCUGAUGCGACGGCCAUCUACCACAGAACCGCGAACAACCAGAUCCUACGGCGCUCGUAUGCCGAAGCCGCUGACCGCGCGCGAGGAUUGGCAUACUACUUGAGAAAGCAUGGAUACAAGCGUGUAGGCAUAUUGGCGACCAACACGCCGGCCUUCUUGGAAAGCAUCUUUGCCAUUGCCGCGGCUGGGGCUGUCAAUGUAGCCAUCAACUAUCGGCUGAAGCACGAUGACAUUAGUUACAUCUUUCAACACUCGGAUGUCGACAUGAUUAUUGCCGACACAGAGUUCGUCGGUCUUUUGGACGAUUAUCGAAAAGAGCGACCGCAUGUACCUAUACUCGUGGAUACGGAUACAGAUGCGACUGAAGGUGAGCUCUCGGGGCCAUUCGACGACGCGGUGCUGGAGGGACUAAAGUACGAUAUCGAGCAAGGAGGAAAUGGCUGGGCACAUCUCGAGUCGCAAGCAAAAGACGAAGAGCAUGUUAUUGCGCUCGCCUAUACCAGCGGAACGACCGCACGGCCAAAGGGCGUUGAGUAUACCCACCGUGGUGUUUACCUCGCUGCAAUGGGCAACGUCAUUGAAUCCGGCCUCAACUACCAUACCGGGCGCGCCAAGUACCUAUGGACUCUGCCAAUGUUCCAUGCCACAGGCUGGACAUUUCCCUGGUCCGUGACUGCUGUCCGAGGAACCCAUUACUGCCUUCGCAAGAUAGAUUACCCUGAGAUCUGGCGCCUGCUUAAGGAAGAAGGCAUCACCCAUUUCAACGCCGCACCCACUGUCAACACGCUAUUGUGUGCUGCCAAGGAAGCUGAGCGCCUGCCCCAACCAGUCAGAGUCACGGUAGCGGCAAGCCCUCCUUCAGCCUGGCUCUUUGAACAAAUGUCGGACCUAAACUUGCAUCCUGUGCACGUCUACGGUUUGACCGAAACAUACGGCCCUAUAACCAAAGGCUAUCAUAUGCCCGAAUGGGAUAAACUUCCUAUCAAGGAAAAGUACGACCGUAUGGCGAGACAAGGACAUGGAUUCAUCACUGGGAAAGCGACGCGCGUUAUCAAGACCGAACAAGCCCCUGGCGUACUUAUCGAUGUAGAGAAGAACGGCCAGGAAAUUGGCGAAAUCAUCUUCGAAGGCAACAUCUGCGCAAAGGGGUAUUACAAAGACGCCGAGGCAACGCGCAAGUUAUGGGAAGGGGGUUGGUUGCACACUGGGGAUCUAGCAGUCUGGCAUCCCGACGGGGCUAUCAAAAUCCUUGACAGAGCAAAGGAUAUCAUCAUCUCUGGCGGCGAAAACAUAUCCUCCGUCGCCCUCGAGGCAAUGCUCAGCACGCACCCCUCCAUCCUCGAAGUGGGCGUCUGCGCCGUCCCCGAUUCGCACUGGGGCGAGCGACCCAAAGCUUUUGUCACGACGAAAGAUGGCACGAAUAGCGAGACGUUGGGCCAGGAGGUGAUUCAGUGGGCAAAGGAAAAUAGCGCUAUUAGUCGGUUUAUGGUGCCGAGGGAGGUUGUUGUUGUGAAGGAGUUGCCCAAGACGAGUACGGGGAAGAUUCAGAAGAAUGUACUUAGGGAGUGGGCGAGGAAGGGGGUUGUGGAGCAGUAAUUGUGGGUGUUUGAGUAAAAAUUGACUAUUCUACCCCGCUUG